AUGAGCGAGGAGGAAAUGGCGGCGCACGCUUCUACAUUAGUCCUAGCCGGAGGUGAAACGUUUGCGACAUUCCUGGCCGCAACCACCUACUACCUCUUGAAAGAUGGUGCCGACUCAGAGGCUUGGAACCGGCUCUGCGCAGAGGUCCGGGGGCACUAUCAGUCCUACGACCAGACCAAGGCUGCCUCCGCUCAGAAGUUGCCAUACCUCCGAGCUGUUAUCCAGGAGGGUCUUCAGAUUUACCCCCUGGGCCCGCAGGGCUUCCCUCGCAUAUCCCCUGGUACAUACAUUGAUGGACAUUAG